AUGGGAUGUUUUGGAUCAAAAUCGAAGGUUUCGCCUCCAAAGUCAAACGAUUCGUUAAAAGGACCUUCAAAAGAGGCGAACCCAGCUAGAAUUACAAGAGAACACUCAGUUUCUAACUUCCAAAAAGAAAAAAAAAUGCUUUCUGAUUCAGAAGCCCUUUGUGAUAUUUAUGAAAUUCAAGAAGAAAUAGCAGCUCUCCCAUAUGGAAGAAUUCGUAAAUGCGUCCAUAAGGCAACAGGGUUAGUCAGAGCUGUGAAAAUAGUGAGGAUUCCUAAAGAAAGCUCUCAUAUAAGUGAAAAAAGUAUACAAAGAGAAGUUAUACUGAUUUCUUACUCCCCCCCCCUCCGUGAGUGAACAAAAAAAUUUUGUUCACUCACGGAGGGGGGUUAAUUUUUUUUUUUAAAAAAAAAAAUAUAUAUAUAAAUUUUAUAAAAAAAUAUUUUUUUUCGAAAUUUAAAAAAUCCUAAUUCGUAAAAAUUGGAAAGCAAAUAUUAAUUCAAUUUGCAAAAUUUAUGUUUUUAAAAAGCAAUUUGUUUAAAAUUAAACAGAAUUAGCUCUAUAUUUCAUUAUACUAAUUAUCAUUUAUAUAUUAAAACUUUUUUCCAUAAAAAAUUUUUCUAUAUAAAAAAAAUUUUUGUUCACUCACGGAGGGUGGGUUUUUGGGCCAAAAAUAGCGAUUUUUCUAAUGGUUUUGUUCACUCACGGAGGGGGGGGAGUUAUAGAUUUCUCAAUAAUAAAUAUGUUUUUAUUAUUAACUUAACUUAAAUUUGCUUUAAAGUCUUCCAGCUUGAUAUCUCCGCACGCUUUCGAGGAUCCCAAAACCUGCUUGCCAAUCUUGGACCUCUUCUCCCACGGCCAAGGCUUGCACGCUCCGCUGAGUUUCGACGGGUUAGGAGAGACUCCACCUUACAUAUGCUUCACGUCAUGUCGGGUGCUAUGAAGGCAAAGGUUAGCCCGAUGCCUCCUGACGGCCGCCUGUAGGUACAGCGACACCCAGGAAAAAAGAGCUGUGACCCUCCGGAGCCGGUAGGGGAAAGAACUCACGGCCCAAAAACCAUCCGGAUAAUUAAAACUUUUGACUGGAGUGACCACCAGCUGACUCCCAAAGUUUACCCAUCCCAUAAGGCAGCUCUAGACAUGCUAAGGGUUAGAGUUAAAGGGCCUGAACCUUGGUUUAGGCUAUAAAGCCACUUUUGCGCCAAAAUGGUGGGACGUCGUCGAGGACCUAUUUUGUCACCACCACCAUUUUAAUUUCUUUUAUUAUUAGGAAAUUUAAAGAAAAAUACUAUAAAGCAAUAAGCAAGUUGGAUCAUCCAAAUAUUUUGAGAACUUAUGAUAUAAUAGCUGACCGUAAACGGUGCUUUAUUAUCAUGGAAUAUUGGGAAGGAGGUCUUUUAAUAGACAAAAUCAGAGAACUUCAAUGCCUGACUCAUGCUCAAGUAUGCUCUAUUGCAAAACAAUUGUUGUCAGCAAUUGCAUAUGCACAUGAAUUGAAAGUGAUACAUAGAGAUUUGUCACCAAACUCUAUUUGUUUGAUGCAGAAAGGGAAUGAUCUUACAAUAAAAAUCCUGAAUUUUGGCGUUUCUGCUUUUGUUGACUUAGAAAGAGAGUUUGAAAGCACCUUAGGGUCGUCUUAUUAUACAGCUCCUGAAGUAGAGGACGAAUUUUAUAAUGAGAAAUGUGACGAGUGGAGCAUAGGAGUUAUUUUAUUUUUGCUUUUAACGGGUAGGCCUCCAUUUUCAGGAAAAAAUAACUCAGAAAUAAAGCAGAGUAUUAGAAAUACUUGUAUUUCCCACUAUUUUUUAGCCCAAAAUAACAUACCUGAAGGUGCUAUUGAUUUAUUGCAAAAAUUGCUAUCUCCCCCACUCCAUGAGCGAACAAAAAACUAUUAGAUCCCUAUUUUUUGCCUAAAAAACCGACCCUCCGUAAGUGAACAAAAAUUUUUUUUUAAUAUCAAAAUUUUUUUUAUAAAAAAAAAUUUAUAUAAAUGAUAAUUAUUAUAACGAAGUCUCUAGCUAAUUCUGAUAAAUUAAACAAAUUGCGUUUUAAAACAUAAAUUUCGCAAAUUAAAUUAAUUUUUGCUUCUCAAUUUUUACAAAUUGAAAAAAAAUUUAAACCCCCUCCUUUAGCAAACAAAAUUUUUUUGUUCGCUCACGACGGAGGGGGGAGUAAAUAAAGAUUUUUUUACCCGAAUUUCAGCUUCUGAGGCUCUUUGUCACCCUUGGCUAUCUGAAGGACUGACAAAUAGCAAUAAAGACCACGCAAUGUUAAGGCCAUGCUUUGACAAUUUGAUGUCUUUUUGUGAGACUUCAAAAUUGAAGGAUGCUAUACAAACUUUUAUUGUCUCACAAAUUGUUUGCCAUUCUGAUAUUAAAACACUUAAUGAUGCUUUUCAAGAAAUUGAUGAAAAUCAUGAUGGGAAAAUAUCUCAGGAAGAACUUAUAAAAUAUUAUUCAAUUGUAGCAGGAGGGUGCCAAGGAAGAGAAAUGGCUACAAAAAUUAUGAAAAAUGUUGAUACUGACCACAAUGGGUUUAUCGAAUAUACUGAGUUUCUAAGGGCAAGCGCUAGGAGUGACAUGGUAUGCUCAAAAAAGCAUUUAGAAACUGCUUUUGCGAUGCUAGACAAAGAUCACAGUGGGAAAAUAUCAGUAAAUGAUUUACAAGAAAUGCUAGCUGGCUCAGGAUUAAAUGAGCAAAAAUCCUGGGAAGAAAUUCUACACGAGGCUGACCAAAAUGGCGAUGGAGAAAUCGAUAUUAAAGAAUUCCGAGAUCUUCUCCUUAAAAAAUUAUAA